GAAUGAUUUGAAAAAGUUACUAUUGUUGAAAAGGCAUUGAAUUGGAACGAAAUAAGGAAGAAGUAUUGACGUUUUAUUUCCACACGGAGGUGGACAUGAUUGGAAUGGACCCACUAACCACAAUAAAGACGAAGAGUUUGAAGAACUAUUAUUUAGCUAAAGGCUCUUCUCCUCCUCCGAAAAAAACAAGAGUUUGAAGAAGAAGAUGAAGAUUCAAACUUGCAGAGUUUCGCAAUGGUUUCUUCUGUUUUUGAUUUCGUCCUGUUCCUGCUCGUUUGCAGCAGCACAGAAGAGCAGUCAGCAGUUGAAGAAGAAGACUUACAUAAUUCAUAUGGACAGAACCAAUAUGCCACAAGCCUUUGAUGAUCAUUUCCAGUGGUAUGAUUCUUCUUUGAAGUCAGUUUCUGAUUCAGCCCAAACGCUUUAUUACUACAACACAGUGGUUCAUGGCUUCUCCACAAGAUUGACAGUGGAGGAGGCUAAGCUGAUAGAGAAGCAAGAAGGAAUUCUGGCUGUCAUACCGGAACUGAAAUACGACCUCCAUACCACACGGACGCCUGAGUUUCUUGGACUUGAGAAGAGCGUCUCUUUCUUCCCGGCGUCGGUGAAGGUCGGCGAAGUGAUCGUCGGUGUUCUUGACACCGGUGUAUGCCCUGAAUUGGAGAGCUUCGAUGAUACAGGGCUAGGGCCGGUGCCUGUAAGCUGGAAAGGGGAGUGCGAAGUGGGUAAAAACUUCAGCUCAUCUAGUUGUAACAGGAAAUUGAUCGGAGCCAGGUACUUUUCAAAGGGCUAUGAAGCGGCAUUUGGUGCAAUUGACGAAUCCCAAGAGUCCAAAUCGCCGAGGGAUGACGAUGGCCACGGAAGUCACACUUCAACAACCGCUGCUGGAUCUGCCGUGACCGGAGCAAGCCUCUUUGGUUUCGGUGCAGGAACUGCAAAAGGUAUGGCGGCUGAAGCUCGGGUUGCAACAUAUAAGGUAUGUUGGCUUGGAGGGUGUUUCGGCUCUGACAUUUUGGCUGCCAUGGAUAAGGCCAUUGAAGAUGGUGUCAAUGUUCUAUCCUUGUCGCUUGGUGGAUCUUCCCCUGAUUACUACAGAGACAAUGUUGCCAUUGGCGCCUUCUCUGCUACGGCUCAGGGAGUUUUUGUGUCAUGUUCUGCUGGAAAUGGUGGGCCAUCAUCAGGUAGUUUGUCCAACGUUGCGCCGUGGAUAACCACUGUUGGCGCUGGGACUCUGGACAGAGACUUCCCUGUAUAUGUUACUCUUGGAAAUGGGAAGAAGUUUACAGGACAGUCGCUCUACAAUGGAAAGCCCUUGUCAGACUCUUUAAUACCAAUUGUAUAUGCAGCCCAUGCGAGUAAUUCAACCAGUGGCAGCCUUUGUUUGACCAGUACUCUGAAUCCGGCGAAGGUGGCCGGAAAAAUAGUCGUCUGUGACAGAGGAGGGAACUCUCGAGUUCAGAAAGGGUUGGUCGUAAAAGACGCCGGCGGUGCAGGGAUGAUUCUGGCCAACACUGAAACAUACGGCGAGGAACAAUUAGCCGAUGCACAUCUCUUGCCGGCGGCGGCCGUUGGCCAGAAAACGGGCGACGCAAUAAAGAGCUACAUCUCCACCAACGCUAAUCCAACAGCAACAAUCAGCGCCGGCAGCACAAGAUUGGGAGUUCAACCAUCGCCGUUGGUGGCCGCAUUCAGUUCUCGAGGCCCGAAUCUCCUAACUCCGCAGAUUCUCAAACCCGAUCUAAUAGCACCGGGAGUGAACAUUCUGGCUGGAUGGACCAGCGGCGUCGGACCAACAGGCUUAGACAGCGAUAAGCGACAUGUGGCUUUCAACAUCAUCUCUGGCACAUCAAUGUCGUGCCCUCACAUUAGCGGAUUAGCCGCUCUUCUAAAAGCCGCUCAUCCAGAUUGGAGCCCAGCCGCCAUUAGAUCUGCUCUAAUGACCACAGCUUACUCAACAUACAAAACCGGCGAAGCAAUACAAGACGUAUCCAGCGGAUUACCAUCGACGCCGUUCGAUAUCGGAGCCGGACAUGUGAAUCCAACGGCCGCCCUCGAUCCCGGCCUCGUUUACGAUGCCACCAUUGAGGACUACUUCGCCUUCCUCUGCGCCCUAAACUACAGCUCAUUUCAAAUCAAAGUAAUCAGCAAGAAAGACUUCACCUGCAGUGGGAACAAGAACUACAAAUUGGAGGAUCUCAACUACCCGUCAUUUGCCGUUGCAUUAGAGACCCCUUCCACCAAAGGCGGCGCCGAAGGCACCGCACCAACCACCGUAAAAUAUACAAGGACUCUGACCAACAAGGGUGCCCCAUCGACGUAUAAGGUCUCUGUAACGUCGAAAAGCCCGUCGGUGAAGAUUAUGGUUGAACCAGAAUCAUUGAGUUUUGCGAAGCCCAAUGAGCAGAAGAGUUACACGGUAACAUUCGUUGCUUCUGCAAUGCCGUCGGGGUCUGAGAGCUUUGCUCGUCUGGAAUGGUCGGAUGGGAAACACAAUGUGGGUAGCCCCAUUGCCUUCACCUGGACUUGAGACCUGCAAGAAUCUUCCAUGAAAUUGAAACCUGUCUUCUCCUUUAUAACACCUUAAUCUGUAUUGCCUGUCCUCGCCAAUGUGUUCGCAGGGGGGCUUGUUGAAUUCGAACUCUACCCUUUUAACCAUAUCAUAUUCAUGGGAAAGGAAAAAUGGAAAGAAAGAAAAUAAUUGUACAGAAUUCUAGUGGAUUUGCUUGCUUUCUUUGUCAAAGUUCAUAACAUCAAUCAAGAAUUCCCAUUUGGAAA